ACCGCCUGAGUGUUGUGAAUGGGCGUGGCCGAGUUUGCGUGGUUACGUCGAGCUCUUGCCUUCGACACAAGUGAGACGGUCCGAGCCACAUUUACUUCGUUUUUAUCGAAACAUCAGCAAUCGAUCUAAUUCAGGAUGUUUUACACCUGUGGUCCCAAUGAGGCGAUGGUGGUCUCAGGAUGUGGCCGCUCUCCUCCUCUAAUGAUUGCUGGUGGAAGAGUGUUUGUUUUUCCCUGCAUUCAGCAAAUCCAGCGGAUCUCUCUCAAUACUCUGACUCUGAAUGUGAAGAGUGAUAAGGUCUACACCAGACAUGGAGUACCAAUCUCAGUAACGGGCAUUGCUCAGGUGAAGAUUCAGGGUCAGAAUAAAGAAAUGCUGGCCGCAGCCUGUCAGAUGUUCAUGGGGAUGUCGGAGGUUGAGAUUGCUCAGAUUGCCCUGGAGACCCUUGAGGGACAUCAGAGAGCCAUUAUCGCCCACCUGACUGUGGAGGAGAUCUAUCAGGACCGUAAAAAGUUCUCAGAGCAGGUCUUUAAGGUGGCUUCCUCUGACCUGCUCAACAUGGGGAUCGGUGUUGUCAGCUACACGCUCAAAGAUGUGCAUGAUGAUCAGAAUUAUCUAAGCUCGCUGGGUAAAGCUCGUACCGCUCAGGUGCAAAGAGAUGCCCGUAUCGGUGAAGCUCAGUUCAAGAGGGAUGCCGUCAUCAGGGAGGCUCACGCCAUGCAGGAGAAGAUCUCUGCUCAGUAUAAGAAUGAGAUUGAGAUGGCUAAAGCCCAGAGAGACUUUGAGCUGAAGAAAGCCGCCUAUGACAUGGAGGUCAACACCAAGAAGGCAGAGUCUGAAAUGGCCUAUCAGCUUCAGGUGGCCAAGACAAAGCAGCGCAUCGAGGAGGAGAAGAUGCAGGUUCAAGUCGUGGAGCGUACGCAGCAGAUCACUCUACAGGAGCAGGAGAUCACCCGCAGGGAGAAGGAACUGGAGGCCAAAGUCCAGAAACCAGCUGAGGCCGAGAGAUACCGCAUUGAGAAGCUCGCUGAGGCAGAAAAGCUUCAGUUGAUCAUGGAGGCAGAAGCUGAGGCAGAGGCCAUCAGAAUGAGGGGAGAGGCAGAGGCCUUUGCACUGGAGGCAAAGGGUCGGGCUGAAGCCGAGCAGAUGGCCAAAAAGGCAGAAGCCUUUAAGCAGUACAAAGAGGGAGCCAUGGUGGACAUGCUGCUGGAGAAACUCCCACUGAUGGCAGAAGAGAUCAGCAAGCCACUCUGUGCAGCCCAGAAGGUCACCAUGGUGUCCAGCGGUGGGUCAGAAGUGGGCGCAGCUAAGCUGACAGGAGAAGUUCUGGAAAUCAUGACUCGCCUGCCGAGCGCAGUGGAGAAACUGACUGGAGUCAAAAUCUCACAGGUUGUUUCAACCCGCAUGGGCUAAUGGAGUUCAUGAGGAAGGAAUGCGGUCUGAUCAGCUCUGAUCGUGGAUCUCAGCUCUUCCUGUCUGUGCAUGCCUGUGUUUGUACUGAACCUGGAACAUUGAGCUCCUUUUUGUUUUUGUAAUCCACCAUUUGUAACAUUCAGUUUUUAUAUUCUAGUUUGUAAAUUGUUAUUUUAUCACAUUAUAUGAUCAUUUUAUAAGUUAGGUGUACUACAUCAUCUGCUCCAGAGCCACUGUUAACGGUGAAUAUUCAGGGAAGCAGGGCUGGUCUUCCUUUCAUUUUUUUUUAAUAGUUUCUGUAUUUCUUGUCUGUCAGAGCCACACGCAUGUUGAUUCUGGUACAGUUUCUUUCAAAACCAAAGUGCAUUCAAGUCAAAUGCAUGUAAAUUCACCUGAAGUGCAUUACUGAAGCCAUAGUCCACGUGCAUGAUGCCUCACGUCUGCAGACACUGAAAUGUGACGCUUUCUUGCAGUUUUAAGGUUUGUCAUUCAAUGGUCUGUGCAGGCCUUUUCCUUUAAACAGUGGCACAGUUUGCAGACAUAUUGAAAAUUAUUUGGAAUAUAAUAAAUUUGUUCUGUGUGCUCAGUAAAGUGAUUUAUACAGCAAGUUGAAAAGUAAGAUGGGGUGGGAAGUGUG